UGCUUUAAAAAUUGGAUUUGUAACCUCUUCUUAGCGACACCCAAGCUGGACCGCUUCGCAGCAUGGAGUACAGUAAUUCUAAAGCGACCAUCCUUCAAUAACUUUACAGAUGGUCCCACCAAACUCACUUGCUAUCCUGUGGCUCAAAAUCGUCAGUCCUUAUUCAGGGUCAACAAUCCACGUGCUUCUUUCAUCUUCCACGUCUCUAAUUUUUAAUAGCAGCACUUCCGCGGCGCGAUCCCGAUCUCAAGUCGAGGCCGAAGUCCAACUUCGCUUGCUCCCUCUCCUCUCUCUCUUAACCGUCGAUCCCAAGGCGUGGAGGAGGAGAUGGGGCCGAUUGGGGAGGAGCGGCGGACGCUGGUGCUGGUGAACCUCGCCGGAAUCAUGGAGAGGGCCGACGAGGCGCUCCUCCCGGCGGUCUACAAGGAGGUGGGGGCUGCGCUGCACACCACUCCGACGGGCCUAGGCUUCCUCACCCUCUUCCGGUCCCUCGUCCAGGCCUCCUGCUACCCCCUCGCUGCCUACCUGGCCGUCCGGUACAAUAGAGCUCACGUUAUAGCUCUCGGCAGCUUCCUCUGGGCUGCCGCCACAGUCCUCGUCGCCCUCUCCGACACCUUCCUUCAGGUAGCAAUCUCAAGAGCCUUGAACGGAAUCGGGCUUGCAAUAGUCACGCCGGCCAUUCAGUCACUUGUUGCAGACUCCACUGAUGACAGCACACGUGGUUCGGCUUUCGGAUGGCUACAUCUGACUGGUAUGAUCGGUUCUGUCCUUGGUGGCUUAUUCUCUCUCCUAUUGGCUCCACAUUCAUUCAUGGGAAUUGCGGGUUGGAGAGUUGCCUUCCAUCUGGUUGGCGUGGUAAGUGUGAUGGUAGGAAUUCUGGUACGGCUCUUUGCAGUAGAUCCCCAUUUUUCAGUAACUGUUGGUUCACGAAGCAAGCCUAUUUCAUGCAAGCCUGUAUGGAUGGAAGUGAAAGGCCUCAUCCAGGAAGCCAAGGCUGUGGUGAAGAUUCCAUCAUUUCAGAUUAUUGUGGCUCAGGGUGUCACUGGAUCUUUCCCAUGGUCAGCCCUUUCAUUUACUCCCAUGUGGCUGGAGCUCAUCGGAUUCUCACAUGGACGAACUGGACUACUCAUGGGCAUGUUUAUGGUCGGAACAUCACUUGGAGGGCUGUUGGGAGGAAAGAUCGGGGAUUUUCUCGCAAUAAAUUUUCCAAACUCUGGAAGGAUAGUUUCGUCACAGAUAAGCUCUGGCUCUGCUGUUCCACUUGCAGCUGUGUUGAUGUUGGUCUUACCUGCUAACCCCUCCACAGGACUUGCUCGCUCCAUUGUCUUGUUGGUUAUGGGGUUGAGCUUAACUUGGAAUGGUCCGGCUACGAACGGUCCCAUCUUUGCAGAGAUCGUCCCCGAGAAAUCAAGAACAAGCAUAUAUGCUCUGAGUAGAUUCUUCGAGUCUAUACUAUCUUCAUUCGCUUCUCCUGUUGUGGGCAUUUUAGCUGAGUAUGUUUAUGGGUAUAAACCACCAGGUGAGGGAACUAGUGUUGAAACAGACAAAGAGAAUGCUGCCUCUCUAGCCAAGGCACUUUGCACUGCAAUAGCAAUUCCUAUGUCACUUUGUUGCUUCAUCUACUCCUUCCUGUACCAUACCUAUCCUAGGGACAGAGGAAGAGUGCGGAUGGGUUCUCUAAAAGCAUCAGAAAUGGAGAAAAAUGAGUUGGAAAACUAUGGUUUAGUGGGACAUCAUUCUAGGAUCCAACGUUCUAGGUCGGAGUUGAAUGACAGAGAAAGGAAAGUGACCCAUGUAUUUUAUGGAGAUCAAGAUUUUGAAACUGAUGAUGACGACAAUGAUGAUAAUGCUGAGAAAAUGCUGCUUUCCCAUCAAGUGGGAAUAUCAAAUGAAAGCUGAAAGAGAUAAGAAGAUGUCAUCUGAUAGCCCUGUAACUCUGGAGGAGGAGAACGGCAAUGUUGAGCCCGGUGAUAGGGUUUGUAUUCUGGUAAAAGGUAAGAAUCCCGGCAUAAUAUUGCAACUAACAACUUAACAAACAUGAUCAUUAACAGGAUGGAGUGGAUGAUAAUGUAAUGCUUCCAUAAUAGACUCUUGUGGCCUCAGGUUGAUGCGACUCAAGAAUUGAACUUUUCUUCGGAGUGCACUAAUUUACAGAUCAAGGAAAAGUUGUGCACUACACAGCUAUUGACCAAUCUUGUAUGCAAGAAUGCUUCCUUACACUACCAAUGUGGUCUCUCUGAGCCUGGUGUCUGCCUCAGAGACUAGAUGUUAUCUUGGACUUGGAAUUGAUUCUUUUAGGAAGUAUACAUUUCCAAUUGAUUGACAACAGGCUUCCCUCGAAAAAAUGAUAGACAACAAGCUGCUGGAAGAUUUAACUGAUGUUUGGUGGUUUUGAAUUAUUUUUAGUUGUUUUUUAAGGAAAGUUCUUGGUUUUUUUUUUGGAAAAAAAAGGAAAGAGGCAUUAAACAGAAUCUGCUUAACUGUAAGAAGAUUGCUCGGGUAGUUGGUAACUUUUGAAAUGCUAAAUUCUCUGUGCAUGUUGCAAA